AUGGCAUACCUGACCCAAGCGGACAUGACAGCGUCGAAUCCAUUUUGGCAAAAUGAGUUCGAGGAUCUCAGUUGCAUCCACAUUCCCAGUUUUCCAUCUGAUAGCUAUAUUCCCUCCAUCACUGAAACUAUUGAGCAUGUUUUGAAUGACGUGCCGGCCCACCAAGCCCGAUCAGACCUUGCAACAUCGACGGUUCUUCGUUUCGCCUGGGCCAGUGUCAUAUCAACUUGUUUGGAUGCUGAGCAUGUUGUUUUUGGCGUUGUUGUGACCAGCCAUUGUCUUCCAGUGCCCGGGAUUCUGGAUAUGACGGGCCCUACCAUUGCCACGAUGCCGUUGCGUGUGCAAAAGAAGGAUUCUCAGUUGCCCUAA